AGUGGAGCAUCCUUCAUCCCCAAACGCCACACGUCCACCAGAUCGCUCUCCGAGAUAUAUUUUCAUCUCGUUCUCUCUUUAGUCCCGUCGUUGGACCCUGUCGCCGCUUUCAUUCUCCAUUGUAGCCUGCCAGGCACAGUCUUUUGUUGGUAGGGACAUUGCUAUUGCCAACUCUCGACACUCUGCCCGGACUAUUUGUAAGGCAGAAUUUUCCUGAUUACUUUCCGCCGCCGAGAUCAUACACGAAGGGCCACUAUAGCCCAUCACUCCUGUGAUAUAUCACCUGGCUGUAGGCUGCAGCUUCUCUGUGAUCGUUUCAUCCACAAUUCGCAACACAUCUCACGCCGCUCAACCUCAGCCCUUGGUACCAUCCCGUCUUCAACAUGGCGUCGGACGCCGAAAAACAAGAAAUCGCCGCCGCCAACCUCCCCGACAAUGUGACUCAAGAUCAGCAGAGAAUCGCCAGCCCUUCGAGCUCAGAUAACGAUACAAACACUCCACGAGAUUCGACUUUGUCCACAAUAUCCACCAAGGAGCAGCUCCCCGUGGCUACAAGCCCCCCUCAAGAUGCCGCACCACCUUCGGACUCUGAUCCAACCACCAGCAUCCCGCCGUCUGAUGGCGCCCAACUACAAAAAACCACGUCUCGUGCCGACGGCUUUUCCAAAGGAAGAAUCAUCAUUAUCAUGUUUUCCUUGAUGAUGGCCUUGUUUUUGGCUGCCCUCGACGUCACUAUCAUCGCUACAGCUUUACCAACAAUCGCCACCGAGUUCAACGCCAGCAAUGCCAAUUAUUUGUGGGUUGGGAGUUCCUAUUUGCUGGCCAAUGCAGCGAGUGUGCCCUUGUGGGGGAAGCUCUCUGACAUUUGGGGAAGGAAGCCUAUGAUCGUACUCGCAAAUAUCAUAUUCAUGGCAGGCAGCCUGAUGGCUGCUCUCGCCAAACAAAUUGGCGUCUUAAUCGGAGGCAGAGUUAUCCAGGGCAUAGGAGGAGGUGGCCUGGUCAUCCUGGUCAAUAUCUGUGUCGCCGAUUUGUUUAGCAUGCGAGAUCGGCCCAAGUAUUACGGCUUCCUCGGCAUGGUCUGGGCAAUCGCCAGUGGUGUCGGCCCGGUCAUUGGAGGCGCCUUCACACAGAAAGUCAGCUGGCGCUGGUGCUUCUACAUCAACCUGCCCCUCGAUGGCCUCUCUUUGAUCCUGCUAAUCUUCUUCCUUAAGCUCGAAACCCCCAAAACACCUUUGAUUGCUGGACUGAAAGCCAUCGAUUGGGUUGGCGUGAUUUUCAUCGUCGGCGGCAUCACCAUGUUCCUCUUCGGCAUGGAAUCUGGCGGCACCCAGCAUUCCUGGGACAGCGCAUACACACUCUGUCUGAUAAUCUUCGGCGUCGUCUCCAUGGUUCUCUUCUUCAUCAACGAGUGGCGUUUCGCCAAAUAUCCCAUCAUCCCCAUCCGAAUAUUCCGCGACUAUUCCAACCUCGCCUCCCUCGGAGUUUGCUUCGUUCACGGCUUUGUCUUCAUCUCUAGCACCUACUAUCUACCUAUUUACUUUCAAAUCGUCCUCGGCGCUGGGCCCAUCCUGAGCGGUGUCUACCUCUUCGCCUUGGUCCUCAGUCUGUCCUUUGCUUCCGCAGCCGUCGGCAUCUUCAUCAAAAAAACUGGCAGAUACCGCGAACCCAUCUGGUUUGGCGUCUGCAUGAUGACCCUUGGAUAUGGUCUCUUCAUUGCUUUAGGGCCAACUGCCAAUUGGGCUAUGAUUAUUCUCUUCCAGAUCAUCGCUGGGUUGGGUGUCGGUCCCAACUUUCAAUCUCCACUGAUCGCCUUACAAAGCCACGUCAAGGGCCAUGACAUUGCUGUCGCAACAGCCACUUUUGGCUUCAUCCGUAACAUUUCGACUGCACUCUCAAUUGUUCUUGGCGGAGUUGUCUUCAACAACGAGCUCGCAACCAAGGAAUCUUCCCUCGCCUCCACCCUGGGGCCAGUGGAUGCUGAACAAGUCGCUCACGCAAGUUUUGCGCGCACUCUGGAGCUACUUUGGGGGUACGCGCAGCCCGAGAAGUACGCCGUCAACGUCGCUUACACCGAAAGCCUGCGGACCAUGUGGAUUUUCUAUACUGCCAUCUCUGCAUUUGGCAUCUUGGUCAGUGCUUUCAUCACACGGAAAGAGCUGAGUCGGUUGCAUGAAAAGGCACGCACUGGCGUCGAAGAACAAGAACGCGUUCGGCUCGAGGAGCAGGCUGAAAGAAGAGCAAGGAGAGGCACACUUGAUGCGGAAAAGAAUGCUCCGAAGUAAGCAUGGAUGAACUCAUGGCAUGAUUGGAAUUUAUUGGAAGGGCAUAUCGCGUGGCCAUAAAAUCUUGGCGUUCUGGCGAUGAGCAUCUACUGUCGCUACCUUUUGGUAUGUUUGAGACUAAAAACGGGAUUGCAUGACGUGGCAUAUUUGGCAUAGCGCGGUAUUGCAUUGAUGGACCUUGCAUUGCAGAUGGAGGCAUGACAAUUGAAAAGCAUACAAGUCAUAUGAGCAUGACUCUCUC